AUGGACCCCCGCCUAGCUGACGAGACCAUCCUGCGCAUCUUCAGCUUGCUAGAUGCGCCGGACCUCGCUCGACUGCAGCUGGUCAGCAAGCAAGUUCGUACCUUGGCAAAGGACCGUCACCUCUGGAAGCGUCUGUUCUACUGCACCUUCGUUCGCCCACAGUAUGGCGGUUCGAGGAAGCAUGCCACCUCCUCUACCCUUCCCGCUCUGCGAGAGCUCAGGUCGCUGCUCCUGCACCAGAAUCUUCUGACUGGCAAGCACGUUGCCGGCGACGGCAACAAACAGAUACAUCGCCUGCCCAGUCGCUACUACCGCUCAUCCUCGAACCUGGCCUCGGGGACCGUGCCGGAGGGCGCUGAAGCUAACGCCGACGAAGCUUUGUCCGCCCUUCUCCUGGAUGGGCUAGCGUCCAGCGAAACCUCGAAAAAUCACCUGCUCGACUGGGAGCAGAUCUUCCGCGUCUCGACCAACUGGCAGCGAGGCAAUUUUGCCGUCUCGGUGCUCAGCACCAUUUCACCACCCGUCGCUCGCCAAACAGAGAAGCUUCACCCACCUUCGUCUACGGACACCAUUGUCAGAGUGUCGGAUCGCUUCAUCUUCACCGCAGCCUCUGGCGAUCGUGGCCAUAUCCCAACAAAUCCGAGCGUUUCCGUAUAUCGUUCGGAGCCUGACUCAGCUUCUCUCGAUCAGCACGAUGGCGGAGCCGGUCAGGUGCCUAGCGACCUGCACAAACGGAGUCCGGAUUUGCGGUUCACGUCAGCUGGCAUGCAGGACUUGCUCGACUCCAACAACUGUGGAAACACACUUGCUCAGAUUCGCGUCACUGAGAUCGCUGUUGACAACGCCUCCAGCGAGAAUCGUUCGCCUGUCGAACCCUCAAGACAUCGAAAACGCAGAUGGGAAGCCUGCGAUCGUCUGCACUCAGAGAAGCUUGCGAGGGUUCUUGUGGCGUACACGACAGGCCACAUCAGUCUCUUCUCUCUGAAAGCAGUGAAUGGCUCCGUCAUCGCCACCGAAGAUAUCUUCUGUAGGCCAGCCUUUCUCGCUAUCGGCGACUGUAUCACCAUGGCGGCACUGGACAGCCCUGCUGUCGUGCUGUGCUCGUCCAAGUUCGAUGUUGCGUUCUAUCAAAUCGCCCAAGCUUCCUCGACCACACGGCUCGAUCUUGUCCACCGUCUGUCGAGCUAUCGAUGCUCGUGGCCGGCUUCCCUGCGCCUCAAGAAGCUGCCUUACCACCAUGUGUCCAAACGCUUGAAACGUUCUUCUUCACUCUCCUCGACCGAGCGUCACGGAACGGAUGAUCGUCUUGAGGAGGUCGCAUUCAGGGUCACCUUGGCGUACUCGACACCUUGUUACCCUUCUUCCUGGAGUGUUUCGGUGCAAGAGGUCGUGCUGCGGCUACGACUCGAUGCAACGUCGACGUCUGCAGUUCAAGUCACGAGCCGGCAUGCGACAGCCAAGCAUCCUUUCAGACCGACUCCCAUCGAUCCCAGAGGCCGACUGAUGCUCGGAGGAAACUUCAUGCCAUCCUCACAUGCCCCCCGAGACGCGUCGGGACAGCGCAAAGCUUUUCAUUCAUCGCUCGGACCGGCAUCCAGCAGAUCUACCAGUCUGACUUAUGACGAUCCCUUCGUCGUCCUCGGGGCUAGCGACAAUCUGGUCGAAGUUUACGAGCUUGUCGGUGCCACGACUUUUGUCCGAACAGACACCGAGGAGCGGCAAGCACACACAUCCACGUCUCGCUCGGCGACGGCCACACCCGCUUCACAUCGACAGGGUCUGCGACUUGUGCAUCGUCGCAGCUUGCACGGUCACACGGGCAGCGUGCACAGUGUCGCGCUGGAGGACGGUCGAUGCGUCAGCGGCGGAGCAGACGGCAGUGUCAUGGUCUGGAGCCUUGGCGAACGGUCGAGUGAGACCGAGUCGAUUGCCAGUGCAAUGCGCCGAGCUCGAGCCACUGCGCUUGGGGCUGAGCGCAGAGAGCAGUCGAAACACACUUCAGCGAGGUCGACCAGCUCCACUUUGCUGGAAGAAGACGGCGAAGAAGCUGCGAUACACAUGAGCCACGUCCUCACUCUUCGAUCUCCGACGAUCUCCCAGGAGUCAGAGGUCUGGAGCCUUGACGACGACGUUGCGUGCCAGAGUACACCUACCAAUGCGCGGCGUUUUGGUCCCUCACUCGGCCAACUCGUUGGCAGCCGCCUUUUCGAUCGCCAAGCUCGAGGCGUCAUCCGAUGGGUCUCGACCGCAUUUGACAAGAUCGUCAGCAUCGUCGCCUAUACGGAGGCAACAUCGAAUUCAGCAAACGCUGGGAUCAUUCCCAUUGAUGGACAACAGCCUCGAGAAAGGGUGCAGCUGUGGAGCUUCAGAUGA